AUGCAGGCUUCCCCGAGUGCCCCUGAGGGUGGCGGAGGACACGCGACGCGGAGAGGCCAUUCACCCCAUUUGUCCAUUAGCGACCCUAGCCACCAUGUCACGGAAGCCAUCGGGCAUAUGUACAAUGAUGACUACGAUCGCAAUGAUCCCAGGCGUCUCAGCUAUAUAUCGAUGCCUCUUGGCGAGUCAAUAACCACCAUCCCGCGCAACGCCGCAGGUUCAGAGUAUUCCUCCCCCUCCACACUGUCUCCCAACUCGCCGGUCGAAAGUCAGUCAAGGCAGGCAAAUGGACACCUACGACCACCCCUCAUGGCUCACCGGUCUUUUGACCGGGAGAGUGAACCCGGUUCUUCAGACGGUACUCGAUCGCCCUCGGAAACUGCAACGUCGUCCUUUCCUCUGAACGAUAUCGACUACGAGUCCGAUCCUGCCGCGGUGGUCCAAGAAUUGAACAACCUCGCGGCCAUUCGCCGCAUGUCCAUGAACGAAGCGGCGACGGGCGACCCUGACCUGCCGGCGUUUGGCAAUAACAACCUCACGAUUCCGUCCGCUCCCCCCUCUCCCUCGGCCGACGAAAACGAUGCCUCCCGUUUGUUUUGGGUUCCAGCAAGCUUACAUCCUGAGUUGGCACCGAAGGAAUUCAAGUCCUUCCUCGAGAGCAAGGCCGAUCUCAUCAAGCGCAAAUCGGGCGACUAUUCCUCUUUGGGACCGGAACGCCAGGGAUCGAAUAGCAGUUUGCGUCGAAAACGGUCUAUGCUGUCGAGACAGAUUGAUGAUUCGUCCGGUUUUCAAGACGGUGCUGACCGACUGGAGCGCCAGCGCUCACAGUCAAGCAGUAAGCGGGAUGGCAUGUUGAGCCCAAAUUUGCAGCAACUGGAGACUUUGGUGGACGAUUCGAGGCCGACAAUGAAAGACUCCUCCUUAGUGCGAGGGAUGCAGAAUGUGGGAAUCACCCCAGGGGAAGAUAAACCGAUUCUAGCGCCGGCACCCCCAGGCCACAGCCUACGACGCUCGACUCGGACACAAUACAAAAAGGGGAGCUUAAAGAAGGGCGAGAAACCUCCCUAUUCAAAAAGAAUUGGGCGAGGCCUCUCGGAAUCUGCUGGAUCAGCACCACCUUCAAUCGUCUCUUCGUCCAAUGAUCAGCCAAUCCUUGGACUUACUCGUGUGUCCACCGAUUCUACUCCGCCAACGUCUCGGGUCGCUCGAACGCCCUCUGCUUCAUCCCGCAGCACGGCCUAUGCCCCAGGCUCCACCACUAACUCGACAUUUGAUUCGAUUUUCGACAAUCCAGAAGCAGAGCAAGAAGAAGUCUGGUCUUCCGGUGCUCAGUCCGAUGCCGCUUCAUCGGAUAGCUCAAGUACUACUGCUGCCGCUUAUGGACGACAAUGGCAUUCACGCAUAAGCUCAAAUGGCCGAUCCACCCUGAAUACCCCCUCAUCCGACCAACAAUUCCCUAAUAUUGCCGAACCGCCGCCCAACGAUUCCCCUCGCGCAUCGGCCGGUGCGGCAUCUCAAGGUAGUCGAGCACCCGAGCGAGAUACACCAUCUCUAUUCACGCCAAAGACACCACCGCAGCAGGAUUCGACUCCUAACAAGCGGAGCUUGAUGAGCGGGAGCCGCCAGUCUGGCAAAGAUAGCACAACAUCACUGAAUGAUUUCGCCAAUAACCCUCAGAUGAUACCCGGCAAUAGUACUCGCACCGACAGCCUCUCCUUUAUUCCGACUAUGCCGGAGGAGCGCAAACCGGAGGAACGCAAAUCGGAAGGCAAGAAGUCUAAAAAGGACUCGGAAGGUGGUCGCAAGUCCAGCUGGCACUGGCUAUUGGGAACUGAAGAAAGGGAUAAAAAGAAGGAAAAGGACAGCGAUUCGAAAAAGGCAAAGUCCAAGUUUGCCGACAAAGUUCACAGCAAUCCGCGCACGGAUGGAGUGCAAUCGUCCUUGGACAACAGCCCGAAGGGCCGGGAAAGCAUCAUUCUGGACCGUCUCGAUCCUAAAUUGGAGGAAGAAAGGCGGAAAGACAGUGUCCGGCGCGCUUCGGGAGAGUCCAAGAAAGAGAAGGAUGGGAUUUUCUCGUCGAUUUUUGGUGGCAGCAAGAAGAAGCACGGCGGAGAAGGCCAUCACAGGAAGCACUCAUCUCGAAACUUGUCUCCUGAUCCACCAAUGCGAGAGCUUCGAGCGGACGUCGACUAUGCUUGGACACGCUUUUCUAUUCUCGAAGAACGAGCCAUCUACCGUAUGGCCCACAUCAAGCUUGCCAAUCCCCGCCGUGCACUUUACUCACAGGUGUUGCUGAGCAAUUUCAUGUACUCAUAUCUGGAAAAGGUGCAACAGAUGCACCCGCAUAUGAUGGUUGCAUCUUCUGCUUCUCAGAGGCAAUCUCAGUCGCGGGAGCAACCAGAUGAGUAUCUCCAAUAUCAGCGAUACCAAGAAGCGCAGGAGCAGCAACAACAACAGCAGCAACAAUACGGGGACAGCGCCUACGAUGAUACAUCCAUGUACGACUACGACGACGAUCCGCACGAUCGCUACCAGUCCCACGGGAGAAGUAAUAAGCAUGGUUACGAGAACGGCGAUGCCUACGGCUCGGGCCAUUACCAGUACGGACACUCGUCCUUCGGCGACGACGUCCAGCUGGAUGACGACGAUGACGACGACGAUAUGUGGUGA